UCCUCGAGACUGGUCGAUACUUUGUUAUAAAGACCUUUGCACAUGCUGGAAAUCAUGGGAAACUCUUUGGUGAAGGCGGCGGCAGUAGAUUUCGGCAUUCAGUGGGUAGGCUGGGCGGUGGCAGCUAGUCUCAAGACUGAAAAAUUUUACGAUCUGGCAGGAUCAGGGACGUUUAUAUGCCUAGCCUUACAAAGUCUGAAAUGGGGAGGGAGAUACCACUUCAGGCAGAAAGUCAAUACGGGAAUGGUGGUCUCAUGGGCGUUCAGACUUGGGCUGUUUCUUUUCACAAGAAUUCUGAAAGAAGGUCAAGAUCGGCGCUUUAACAAGGUCAGGGACAGACCUGGGACCUUCUUCGUGUACUGGACAAUUCAAGGUAUGUGGGUGUUCCUGACUCUGCUUCCAACACUAAUUGUGAAUGACAAGAGAGAGGACCGACCUUUGACCUCGCGGGAUUAUAUUGGAUGGUCCCUGUGGACGGCCGGAUUUCUGAUCGAGAGCAUCGCGGAUUACCAGAAAUCCGCCUUCAGGGGAAAUCCAGAGAACCAGGGUAAAUUUAUUCAGCAUGGCCUAUGGAGCAUUGUUCAGUACCCUAACUACCUGGGGGAGAUCAUGAUGUGGUCUGGGAUCUACCUCUCCUCUACCUCGGUUCUCCGGGGCUGGGAGCAUGUCAGCAUCAUCUCCCCCCUCUUCUUGACCUUCCUCCUCACCAAGGUCAGUGGAAUACCCAUACAGGAAAAGGGAGCCUUUAAACGAUACGGCGGGGACCCAGCAUUCCACGAACACAUCAAGAAAACUCCCAAACUAAUCCCAUUCAUCUGGUAGUCGAGAAAACUCCCAAACUAAUCCCAUUUAUCUGGUAGUCAAGAAAACUCCCAAACUAAUCCCAUUUAUCUGGUAGUCAAGAAAACUCCCAAACUCAUCCCAUUUAUCUGGUAGUCAAGAAAACUCCCAAACUCAUCCCAUUUAUCUGGUAGUCAAGAAAACUCCCAAACUCAUCCCAUUUAUCUGGUAGUCAAUAAAACCACAAAAUGAUCAAAUUUAUCUUGUAGCAGAGAAAAACCAUUAAACUGAUCCCAAUUAUCUGAUAGUCAAUAAAACUCCCAAACUGAUCCCAUUCAUCUGGUAGUCAAGAAAACUCCCAAACAGUUCCCAUUUAUCUUGUAGAAGAGAAAACUCUCAAACUGUUCCCAUGUAUCUAGUAGUAGUGAAAACUCUAAACUGAUCCCAUUUGUCUGGUAGUCAAUAAAAAUGUAUGUUUUUUUUAGCAUAGAUUAUUUUUUAACAUUUAUUAGUACAUACAGUUAUACCAAGUACAUUUCAGUUGUCGUGAUGCUUCAUGAAUCCAAACAUUUUGCUCAAGAAUAAAAGCAUUCUGAUUAUUAGUUCUUGGCUGUACAUGGAUUCCAUUUGUUCACAUUAUUUUCAGCUUGAACAAAAUUUAUAUAGAGAAUUUAUUUAAGACUUGUUGAAAGUUUUUGUUAAUGGUGACUGAGAACAAUUGAUUCACGGUGAUUUCAACAAAAGUGCCAUACAAAUGAAAACACAGAAGCAGAAUGUGCAAAAAGAUUAACGUAUCAUUGGUAGUUGUAUUUUCAUAAGUCAGUUUAAUUUAUUACAAAGAUCAGAUACAUUUUCAGAGACAGCGUAUUUUUUGUAUGACCCUUCCAUUUAUUAUUCAUAUGUAUUAUUUUUAGAGUGUGAUUUAGUAAUUUUGACAUAAAGGUACACUUUGUGAUGAUGUUUAUAUCACAUUGAAUAAAAAAUUGUAUGAAUUGUUGACUAUCAAAUGAAUUGUUUGAUGGA